UUCUCUCUUGUAUCCAACUAAGUUACACUACAAGCCUACAAACUCAAGACACAUUGAUUGGCAAGUCUUUACAUACCAACUUUCUUUUAAAGGUUCUUACACACGAAGAAUUCCAAAAUGGCUAGGGUCCAAGGUCUAGUUCUUCUUGGUUUAUUAGUAAUUUCAAGUUUAAUUAUGUUAACUGAGAGCCGAGUCGCAAGAAAAGACUUGGGGCUUGACCUAGGUGGGAUUGGGGUCGGUCUGGGCGUUGGAUUGGGGAUUGGUAUUGGCGGCGGGGGUUCAGGCUCUGGUGCUGGUGCAGGUUCUGGUUCAGGCUCAUCAUCUAGUUCUAGCUCUAGCUCGUCAUCAAGUUCGAGUUCUAGUGGUUCGGGUGGUCGAUCGGGAGCCGGUUCAUCUGCUGGUUCAUUUGCUGGAUCUAGGGCUGGAUCAGGAUCUGGUAACUAAAUAAUUAGUACGAUUUAUUUCCUACUUAAAGUGUGAACCAAAAAAUGUGUGUGUUUAUGUUGUUGGUUUGUUGUCGUGUGUGUGUACGAAGUUGGAUGAAUAAAAUGUCGUCAUAAGCUAUGUGUUUGUUUGAGUCUGUAUGUUUCCAUACAAGUCUAAAUUGUGAUAUAAUAUCUUUAAAUUUGGAUCA